AGGUUCGAAACCACCUAUCCUGAAGCCGUGGAUAUGAGGCUGCAGUGAGAUCAGCUGGGAAUUCUCCAGGGGAAGGAAUCCGAACCCAGCCUUCCCCUUCUCCUGCCACUCACUCCACUCUAACGCCAAUGGCCGCCGCCUCCUUCCUCCCGCUCCACCUCCCGGCCUCACCCCGGCUGGCUACCAUCGCGCGAGCAGCUUCCGGCGUUGUGCCCGCCGCCGUGCAGACGUCCCAGCUGGAGGAGGCGUUCGGCCGGAAGGGCCUCAAGUUCGGCACGGACGCCACGGGCGCGCCCACGGCCGAGCUGAGCGUGCGCAACGGGAGCUCGCUGCAGGUCCGGCUCAACGACGGGCUGGUCACGUCGUACCGGCCCAAGGUGUACUGGAAGGACGAGCUCUCCUACCGGGAGGUGCUCCACACCGUCGCCGGCGCCGACGCCGUCAAGGGCGGCGUCGGCCUCGUGCUCAACGACGCGUCGUCGUCCAGCUCGGCGUCGCUCCUCGCCGGGUCCGAGUGGUCGGUGACGGACGCGGACUCCGACUCGUACGACGCGGUGCAGGUGGAGCUGGGGUGCAGCGCCGGGAAAGGCGGGACGCUGGAGGUGUCGUACGUGGUGACGCUGUACGAGCUGAGCAUGGCGACGGCGGUGAUCGUGAAGAACAACGGGAGCAAGCCGGUGGAGCUGACCAGCGCGGUGCUGAGCCACAUCAGGUUCGACAAGAGGCGGGGCACGGCGGUGGAGGGGUUCCAGGGCUGCCCCUACUGCUCCCACCCGCCGCCGGCGUCUGGGUUCGCGCUGCUCACCCCCGCGGAGGCCAUGAAGCGGGAGGAAUCCGGAUGGUUCGGCGGCGGUGGCGACGAGGAGCCCCGGCAGGGCGCCUGGACCGUCGAGGAGAACCUCUACACGGUUCUGAAGAAGAAGGUGAGUAGGGUGUACGCGGCGCCGCCGGAGGAGAGGAAGAAGCGCAUCUACAACACCGCGCCUUCCAAGUUCACCACCAUCGAUCAGUAUAGCGGUCUCGGGUUCAGGCUGAUAAAGAUGGGGUUCGAGGACAUGUACCUGAGCAGCCCAGGAGGUAUGUACGAAAAGUUCGGCGAGGACUACUUCCUGUGUACCGGGCCGGCGUCCAUACUGGUGCCCGUCGUCGUCGCCCCCGGCGAGGAGUGGAGGGGGGCGCAGGUCAUCGAGCACGACAAUUUGUAACUCUUAUUCUCGAGCAAACAGAGUUAUAAGAAAUCGUGUACACAUGUGGCCGAAUAUCGUAUGUCCUCUGUAAUUCCCCAAUGCCACCAAUUUACACACAUGCAGUGAGUAGAUUACUGCCUCCUUUUGUUGCCAUAAGCAACGCACAAAUGAAAUUGCAAAUGAAAAUACA